AUGGAGGAUGGCGCGACAGCAGCUAUUCCCCCCGCGCCUUCCUCGUCAAGCGCCCGAACGAUAGGAGGCGAGGGCCGUCAUACACCGCAGCACCAGCAACAGCCGGUGGCGUCUGUUUCCUCUCCCACCUCAGCGGGGAUAGCAGCCGCUGCAAUUGCAGUCCCCCCGAUCCACGAAGUGAGCAGCACUGGCGUGACGCUCUUGCAUCAGGAGCUGCUUCUGUAUACUCUCCGUCGGUGCAGCCCCUAUUGGGCGGCUCCCGAGGCUUCAGCAGACUCCGCCUCCUCCCGUGGGCGCGCAACAGCGGGAGCUACUGCCGCAGCAGCCGCAGCAGCCGCUGCUGCGUUGCCGCUUCUUCAGAGCGGCGGCUUCCGCGUGGGCAGCCGAGUGGCGGAGCGGCUGACUCUGAAGUGCUGUCGCAUGCCCGAGCAGCGGGAGUGCGUGAAGUUCGUGUGCAAGGACCUGUGGCACUUUCUGUUCCAGAAGCAGGCGGAUCGGCUGCAAACGAACCGAAGGGGCGGCUACGUAGUGCAUGACGCGAGCUUGCCGUGGCUCCGGCGCGUCCAUCCCCUAGCAGCCUCCCUGCCGCCUGCGACUGCAGGGGUGCGGAAAGGCUGCGACGCCAUUCAGCAGCAGCACGAAGAGGAGCUGCUGAGGACUGCUGCCACUCAGCCGCAACUUCACGUCGCGUUUGUCUGUGGAGCCAUCAGGGGGGCCCUUGCCGCCUUAGGGCUCGAGUGUACAGUCACUGCGGAAGCCUCCAGACCUCCCAGCUGUGCCUUCCAGAUCCGCAUUUCGAGCUAGGGGGUCUGGGAGUGAGCGCUUCGCUCGCGGCGCCGCUCGGGAGGAAGGGAGCGGGGGAGGCGAAUGGGGGGGUGUGGACGCUGUGCCGCCUUCGCGGCAGAAAUCUUUGACUCCAUUAGAGAUCUACGUGACCCCGAGUUUCCAGCGCAGACGCUGGAGGAGCUGGAAGUCGUUCUGCCGGAGCUCAUCGUGGUCAGGUGUACAGCCACCUGCCCGAUUCACAGCAGCGCCGACGGCUGUGCUCGAGCGCGAGCUCCGUUCACGGAACCGUGGAGGGAAGCGGACUGCGUCAAUUGUUGCACGCGCUGUCGCAGCAGCAACGGAAGCGGUCACGAAAACUUCGACUGCGCUGCCGGCAACAGCAGUCAUGGCAGCCGUGAGGAGGAGGUCGAAGGUUGCGAUCCAGGGUGUCGAUGCUGUUGCGUCGUAGUCUGCGUGCAUCCCACGAAUCCUCGCUGUUCUUUUGCUUCCAUGUUGGGCUUGUUAGUGCGUGCCCGUUUAGCCUUAGACUUCGCUUGUGGCGAUGCAGCAGCACUAGCUCUUAACGGAGGGGCGGGAGCCUCCGAUUCGUCGGCGGCAGUAGCAGCUGCUGCGGAGGGAGGAGCCUGGGGGCCCCUCCCCUUUGUAGCUCCCCGGCUGUCUUUGUGGUUGAGCGUUUGUGCGCACGAGUCGGCAGAGUCGCUCGCGAAACAGUUGAACGACAAGGAACGGGUUGCCGCAGCGCUCACGACGCCAGCGAUCAGGCGCGUGGUGCUCAACAGCAUGCAACUCAAGGAGUAUCCUUGA